UUCAAUUGUCCAGCAUUAAUGAUAGUGGUGGUAACUGUAUAUAAAAGGACGGCAGCCCAGUGAUGAGCAUCAGUUCACUCAACUGCACUCAUACACCUCUACCAAAAUGUUCAAGCUUCUGUUCGUGACCGCCUGCGUGGUGCUUGCCGUCUCCGCCGCCCCCGAGCCCAAGCCCGGCGUUGUGGCCGCCGCCUACACUGUGCCGGCCGCCGUGCCACUGGCAACCAGCUCGCAGUACAUCGCCCGCAACUAUAACGGCCUCGUCUACUCUGCCCCCGUGGUCGCUUCCGCCCCCGUGGUCGCCUCCGCCCGCUACGUCGCCAGCCCCUUCGCCUACUCGGCGCCCUACGUCGCCGCCGCCCCUGCUGUCCACUACGUCUGAGUUUAUCGACUGAAUUCCUCGACUUACAGAGAAAAAUUGUAUAAUGUCUCUUGUGAAUAAGAUGUAAAAUUAAAUAUUUAAAUUGCUGCAAAUCAAA